UCAGGGUCUGGGUGCAAUAUUGCACGCUGCGCACAGAGGACACAGCAGCGGCCCACUCGGCCCGUCAGGUCGAUGUUGCCCCUAGGUUGAUGCCAUAUUUUGCUGCCAGCCUCCACGCCUUCCCCUUCGCUCCUCGCACCGGGGGUGGGGGAAGUUUGUUGGCGAGCGGCGGCCGGCAGCCGGCGAGGGGAGUCCGGAGGCAGUCCCGGAGCCACAGGCUCCUCCCGUCCCCGGGAGCCGGAGCAGCGGCGGUGGGGGCUGCGCCACACACGGGCCGGGAGCAGCCGCUCCCUCUCCCCCCGCUUCUCCUGCCGCAGCCGCCGGGCGGAGGAUGGCGGAGGCGCUGCUGGCGGCCGCGGGGCUGGACGAGUCGGAGGCCGAGCUGUCGCAGAGCCUGGCCCGGACCAAGACGCGCUCGUACGGCAGCACGGCCAGCGUGUCGGCGCCUCUGGCCGAGCGCUACAUCCAGCACCCGGUAGGCGAGGGCGACACGCUGCAGGGCCUGGCCCUGCGCUACGGAGUCACGACGGAGCAAAUAAAAAGGGCAAAUAAACUCUUCACAAGCGAUUGCAUAUUCCUGAGGAAAAACUCUCCUUAUCCCUCCAUAUCAGCAAAAGGAUCACUGUUUAAUGGACUGUCAUUGGACUCUCCUGAGAAUGAAUCCAGAGGGAUGUAUGCUUUCAGUAAUGAAAAGCCACUGAAUAUAGAGAAGAAAGCUCUUCAUCUCCGAGUCCAGAAGAUCCUGACACCAGGCCCACUCAGCCUGAGGAACUUUCCGCUAAAGACUACUUGCAGAGACUGGACUUGCAGAUUAAACUGUCAACACAAGCGGCUGCUAAAAACGAUACAGGAGGACGAUUAUGGAGCUGGUGACGCCGGACACAAAGAUAAUCCCUAUGCAGCAUCUUCCUACCAGAGCCUUCACUAAAUAUAUAAUGGAAUCCAACCUUGCGGGAUGCCGAAAGAUAAUUGUUUUUCCAAUUAUGUGUGGAUAAGACUGUGUGAUAUCAUUUAGUUUCUGGGUUUUAGUUUUGCUUUAAAUCUAAGCAAUUGCAUUGUAUACUUUGGCGUACUGGGGCACAAGUACAAGAGAGGCAGCAUCGUACCUUGUGCAUCUUUGGUGUGAAGUGUGAGCUGCUAUUACGUUUGUGUUUCUUUAUGCCAUCUCUACUCGCUGUUUUAUAUUCCCACAGCAAAUUUUCUGCUGAUUUGCAGUGUGUGCUUAUUUGCAGCAUAGCUGGCUCACAGGAAAUGCUUAUGUUGCUGGCCCGAAAUUGGGUGUAAAGCAGUGUAAUCUACCUGAUUUCAAAUCUGUAGUCUCAUUGUACAUCUUGCAUGUGUUGGCUGCUGUGCUUUCUCCUACUGUCUGGCACAUGUAUGGGUCUGGGGCAGAGGUGAGUGUAAUUGCUCCAACAUUAAGCUCAGUAGAAAUAAUGAAAUCUGAACCAAAUACGACCUUAUAAUUUUUUGCAAAAUCAGAUUGAACUGAGAGGGAGAGAUCUUAUUUUAAACAAUGACCUGGCAGUCCUGUUUGCCUACAGAUGAGACUGGUAGUAGACAUUAGUGGAGUGGGUUGAAGAGCCCAUUUAUUUGAAAUCUUCAAAUUGAAACCAAAAAUAAUAAGAUUAUUUUCGGUGUUAAGCAGUAAUGUUAAUUUAGGAUAAAGACAGUGAAUUAGUCACAAACUUUAUUUUUUUUAAUAAGUGGAAUCAUAUCACUUGUAUAAAGUUAAACUCAAUGUGCGGGUAUGGAAGCCAAGCUAAGUCAAAUUUAACCGUUUGCUUUUAAAGGGAACAAUUGCAAGUGUCGUUUCACACAUGCAGCCAUUUUAUUUUCUGCAAGGGCAGUGCACAGGCAGACUCCCACAACUUUCGAACCAAGUUGCCUUCAGUGGGAAGGAGGGGCUUGUGUCUGGUCAUCCUAACUGUUGAGUUGGCUGGUUGGGAAUGUGCAAUUUGACCUAAACCUAAUGUUAAGCCACUGGAUACAGUUGAUCUGCAAACUGCAGUUGUGAGAGUGGUAUGUUUUCUCAGUUAGUGCCACCAUUAUAGUAUUCCAGUAAGUAAGGCUUCCAUUUUUUUGUCACUCCCUUCUCUAAAUUUGAGUUUCAACUGGUGCAGACUGACUACUGCUCUCCCUAGGAGAUCUGGCAUCUCGUUCCAUAAUAGCUGAACACCGUAGACUGGACUUCUGUCUCUAGAUUUGCAUAUUUACUUCCUUUGAAAAGUGAUUUGCUGAUUUGAUUGUGGAGCUAGUCUCCAUACGGUGGGGAGGCAGGAGGAGACUUUUUAUCCAUCUUCCCAUCUUUGAAGUUUCUAAGUUCCCAAAACUGGCUAAAGCUUUUCACAAGGGGAAUGCAGUUUGUCACUGCACAGGUAAGUUGUAUGUGACAUUUUUAGCCAGCUAACUCCUUCAGACUCCUGAGCAUGAAUUCUGAGAGUAGGCAUUUUACUUUUUAACUGAGACUAAUUGUGCACCUACUAAACUGGAACUGAGGAGCUCAACAAGUUUUUUUUUACAUUCUGACUAAGUUGCAAAGAUCUGUUAAACAAUUCAAGCUCACGUGGACUCGGUCAUUUGAGCUAUCUGCUCAGUAUCUGGUUACACCGUAUGUUCUUUCCCUGGUGAAGGUUAUGCCAAAAUGCCCAUUCAGACAGGUUGUCUAAUGAAAAUGUGUGAUGAAUUAUUCGGCAUUACAAUUCUAUCAAGCAUUUAAUUUGGCCUUUUUAUUAGCAGUUUUAAGAGCUUUUACUCCUAUUUAAUUUUUUGAUUGAUCUAAUUUCCACUUGCCUUAUUUACCUCCCUUGUGCAAAUUGGUCAGGGCUUGGUUUAUAGGGUAAUCUGCUCAGGACCAUCAAGGAAGAGCCCUCCCUAUUAGUAAAGCAACAACUAAACUGCUGGAAUAGUACCACAGAAUCUGCACCAUGCAUGUACUUGCACUGGAAGAAUCCUGCUGUAGUAUUGGUUGAAAACAAAGCCAAUGAACAAUGAACCAAAUGAAAGACCGGUGAUAACAAUGUACCAGGUUCAUAAGUAAUUGAUCUAAAUCUAUAUUGAGAGAGCAGUAUAAAAAUACAUGGAAGCACUGGUUGCUCAAGUAGAUAAAUUGACAGUUAGUUUAUAAUUUUAUGCUUAACAGUAAUCAGAUGCUGUACGUUAUUCUUUAAGGCAAUGCAAAUUCCCCAACUUGGAACUACUUAAAAGCUGACAUGAAUAGGUAUAAAUGGACUGAUGGUUGUGACCAUGGAAGAAGAUCCAUAAUGUGUAUCGAGGGUGCUGUAGGUUCAAUUGUUUCUAAAUUUUCCCUCUUUGCUUUGGAAAGUGCUCUUUCACGUUGGAACAGGACCCCUGAUUGACCUGCACCAAAAUGACUAAUCUUAACGUAAGAACUCCAAAAGCAAAGAUUGACGGGUUUUUCCAAAUCAUGGGGCACAUCCCAACUUUGGUCUCCCAGGCAAACUUCAUAAUUUCACAAGAAAUGUAAUUUCAAAAAGAAAUUAUAUUGCUUCUCAAAUUUUGUUUUGGCUGCUUCUGAACUCCAAACAACUAAGCAAGUUGUUAUUGCAUUUAUUAAAAUCUCGAACUACAACAUCUUGCAAAAGGAGUACCUCAAACUGUUGCAAGAAAAUAGAGAAAUAUACAGCCCUUGGAUUUUCAUCCUGGUAAUAGCUGCUCAUAAGGGCACAAUAGUUUUAGGAUGGGUAGUCUACAAGCAGAAUAAGUGGUUGUCAUUAAUAUCUAAGCAAUUGCAUACAUUUCUUCACAUCCAUUUGUUCUGAAUGAUCAGUCUCUGAAUGGUGGAGGUAUUUGCUGUUAUGUUGAGAUUUUUGGCAGCUGCUGAGUCUAUAGGACGAGUCAUUACUCAGUAGUGACAAAGAUCUAUCUUUAAUUGCAUUCACUCAGGUGAGCAUUACCAUGCUGACUGAUGUUUUGAAUAUUUAUCUUGCAUAACUCCAUACAUGAAUGUAUUGAUGUUUCAAUGACAUUUCAGGUAUUACCAAGUUGUAUGAGCUAUAAGCACAGUGGCUUCUUUAUUUUUGCCUUGCGUAUAUCAAAUAUUUAACUGAACCAUAUCUAUCUCAUUUUUUUUUCUCUAUAAUAUGAAGGCAACUUACAUUUUUCAGGCAACUUUAAAUAUAAUGGCUAGAGAUAAUGUAAAAUACUAACUAUCAAGAGAAAAUAGAACUGAACUGAAAACCCACAAUUGCUAGAUAUCAAAUUAUAUAAUACUAGAUACAAACUGGAUUGUCAUCUCAAGGAGCAAGGUAAUAUUUUAUUGUUUCAGAUGGGCCUUUUAACAAAAGCAGCAAAGUACGUUAAGCAUAUAUUGAAUAUGAGAUAAUUUUGUAGGUGAACAUUUUGACUUUUUUCCAGUUAUUAUUUCAUAUCAACUCUUUUAUUGCUUAUGAGUAGUUUUCCGUGAUAUUCAUAUAAAUUUAUGUGUAAAGCCUUUUUUUGGGCCAGGUACUUUCAAGCUUGGCAUGAAUCUUAUUUUCUUUUUUUAAAUUUUAAAAACAAAUUCAGCAGGAAUAUUAAAGAACUUUUAUCGUCAAACAAAUGCUGGGCAGCAUCCCUCUUGCUGUUCACAAUUUUUUCUCAUUAGUAUUAAAAAUAUUAUUUUAAUCAAUACUAUUAUCUAAUAAUGUCUUUCUGUGGCUUUUUAUCUAUAAAAUGUCAAUUCCUUUUGACUAAACUCUGGCUAAGGAGCUUGUUAAUAAAAAGUAAAUUACAUUUCAUUAAAGAAUGCAGGCUAGUUUUUUGAGCUUAUCAACAAAUUUCUAGCACAGGUGAAGAUGUCCCUCAAAUGGGGACUCUUAGUUGACAUAGAUAGUUAAAUAUUUAUUUCCUUCAGUUCUUCCUGUAUUCUACCAUCACCAGAUGGCCAAAUAAUAAGCAGAUAGAGAUUUCCAGCUACCCACCCAGUUGUGAGGCUGAAAUUGCAAGCUGACAAAUCAUUAUAGAAAUGACAUAAUUUUUAUUCUCCUUAAUUUCAAUCCAUCUACAACUCAAAUUGCAAAUUUACCCCAUUGUUACUCUUUGGGUUAUGUGGCAUGGGUUGGAUCUCUUCCGAUAGUAACAUUGUAUGUGUGUUUGUUCACCAGUAGACAUUCUGUUAUUCAGAUUUGGUUUUGAUUUUCACAAAAAUCAUAUAAACUGAAUUGAGUGGAAGUGGAGUGAAUUGAUAAAAUGUUUGUGCAUUUCAAAUUCAGACAUUGUUGCAAAACAGUAUUAAGCACUGUAAUAGUUAUCCCAUAGAUGUUCUUUGGGGAGGGUAGACAAGAAGUAGAUCCACUUCUGCCUGUGAAUUGUGUGAAAAUGCUGUGCAUUUAAAAUUGGAUUAAAUUCUGUUCACUUUUUUUGCUUUCUAUGAAUAUUCCUAAAUUAUACAAAGAUUAUUUUGCUUCAGGACCAAUAUUAGGCAAAUAUGGUUUGAAAGAAAAUUGUUAUAGGUAGUGAUUCUGAACUUCAGUGAUCUGCAACUGCAUUUUGAAGACCCAAAUGGGAUAACUAAUGCAGUAAACAUUUAAUGCAUGAAUUGUUUGUGUGUGUAAGUUGUGGCCUUAGAUAUUUUUUUAACUGAUGUAUUGACAAUGAGGACUUGUUCUCUGGUUACUAUUUCAUUUGAAAAUCUGCAAUAAAUAGUUUUUGUUACAACUUCA